UGUCAUUCUUCAUUCAUAAUUUAUACUUUAAAUUUCAACAUAACCUUUGUCUUCUAAUUAUUUUAAUGAUAAAUAAACAAAUAUUUACAUAAAAUAUGAACGGGAGGUUAAUAAUUCGUACGAUUUAUUGUAAUUUCACUCGUAAAACACCUAUUAACCACGAUGUUUUUUCAUAUAAACCGGCAUUUUUUGGUGUUUUUGCUAACAAAUUGUCUACCAAAACAGAAACCAAGUUUGUGGAGAAAAAACAUUGUAAUGUAGGAACUAUAGGACAUGUGGACCACGGGAAAACGACUCUGACGGCUGCGAUAACUAAAGUGCUUGCUAAUGAUGGUCUUGCUCAGUUUACUUCGUACGACGAAAUCGAUAAAGCACCAGAAGAAAAAGCUAGAGGUAUAACUAUAAAUGCCGCGCACGUUGGCUAUAACACGAAAUUGCGGCAUUACGCACACACGGACUGUCCCGGUCACGCCGACUACGUACGCAACAUGAUAUCCGGUGCAUCGCAGAUGGACGCAGCAAUAUUAGUUGUAGCGGCCAACGAUGGGCCCAUGCCUCAAACGAGAGAGCACUUACUACUGGCGAAACAAGUUGGAAUACAAUACAUUUUGGUGUAUGUUAACAAGGCAGAUUUAGUUGAUGAUGAGCUUCUAGAACUAGUGGAGAUUGAAAUGAGGGAAUUACUGUCUGACUUUGGUUAUGAUGGAAGCAGUGUCCCUAUGGUAUACGGCUCUGCACUGAAGGCGUUAAAUGGAGACGAAUCGGAAUUAGGUGUUCCUUCUAUAAGAAAACUUUUAGACACUAUGGACAAAUAUAUACCACCGAUAGUGAGAGAUCUACAGUCGCCAUUCCUUAUGCCCAUAGACAAUGCGUUUACAGUGCCAGGAAGGGGCACUGUUGUCGUUGGCACGAUAAAACGGGGUAUAAUGAAGAAAAAUGACGAAUCAGAUUUGAUGGGAUUUGGUUACAAUAUUAAAACAACACUGUCUGAUAUACAGAUAUUUAAAAAGAGCGUACCCGAGGCAGUAGCGGGCGACAAUGUAGGUGUAUUAUUAAGAGGGAUGAAAAUAAAAGCAGUGGAGACCGGUAUGCUACUGUGCGCUGCCAAAAGUUUCACGCUGAGCAACCAUUACAAAGCCAAUAUUUAUUUCCUGACCAGGAACGAGGGAGGACGCAAAAAACCAGUGUUUUCAAAGUAUUCCCAACAAAUGUUCAGUGGAACGUGGAAUAUUGCUUGCAGAAUAGAUUUAGACCCAUCAAUGCACAUGAUGAUGCCUGGUGACCACGGCGAGGUAUACCUUACCUUACUCGAAGGUAUGGUUAUGACACAAGGCCAGCCUUUCACCAUCAGAGAAAACAAUGUAACCGUUGCUACAGGAAUUAUAACGGAAACAUUAGAAUCAAUUGAUGUUCCUAAAGGAAAAUUGGGAAAAGUAAUCAUGAGAUAUAAUUAAGAAUAUGUGAAGUUAUUGUACAUAGUAUGUAGAUAUGUUAUUAAUAAAUUAUUGUUUUAUU